CGCACGUACCCUACGAGACGUAGCAACAUGGCCUUCGAACUGCGAUGGGGCAUCAUUUCCACCGGCAGGAUCGCUAUGGAAUUUGUGAAGGAUCUCCUCGUUGACCCAGCGAGUCGGGACGUCACGGAUGUCGCGCAUAAAGUCGUGGCUGUUGGCUCCCGAAGCACGGAGAGUGCUCAGAAAUUCAUCGACGCGUACAUCAACGGGGACAACAACGUCAAGGCGUACGGUAGCUACGCAGAAGUCUUCGCCGACAAGAAUGUGGAUGCGGUCUAUAUUGGAACUCCCCAUACCCUUCACUACGAGAACGCGGUUGAAGCGUUGAAUGCCGGAAAGCACGUCCUGUGCGAGAAGGCGACCACCUCCAACGCAGCGGAGACGAAAUCCCUGAUCAAACUCGCAAAAGAGAAGAAGCUAUUCUUCAUGGAGGCGUUAUGGACGCGCUUUCACCCGCUCACUUUGGAGCUGAAGAAGAUCGCUGAGGAGGGCACCCUUGGUGACCCGGUGGUCCUGCACGCUGACUUGUCCGCCGACUUCCAUAUCGAAGACAAGCCCUUGAACCAUAGGAUGCUUGACCCGAAGCUGGGUGGAGGUGCACUUCUAGAUCUCGGCCCCUACCCCAUGUUCUGGGCCAUGCUUGCGCUCUACGAGCACCCGUCCAACAAGAACGCCAGACCAACCAGUGUUACUGGCUCCAUCCUCAAGUCCACCAUCACCGACGUCGACGCGUCCACCAGCUGGACGGUCAACUUCACCGAGCACCUCAAGGCCCAGGCGAUCCUCAGCUGCAGCAUGAUCGCCCAGACUGCCCACUUCGGAGCCGUCAUUCGAUACAAGAAGGGCAACAUCAAGGUCGCCACACCGAUCUUCCGCCCGCCGUCGUUCACCGUCGAAUACUUCGACGGCCCAGGCGGGAACGUGGUGCGCGAGGAGACACGAUCGUUCAGCUAUGUAGGUGGAGGCUGGCACUUUGAGGCGGACGAGGUCGCGAGGUGCAUCAAAGCGGGGAAGAUUGAAAGCGACCUGUGGACGCAUGAGAAAACUAUUAUCAUAAUGGAGACAUUCGACGAGGUCCGCCGACAAGGCAAGUAUGUGCUACCGGAGGGCGUCGAGAAGGUCGAUAGGGUCCAGUGAGGGCCACACGAGAGGAGGAUGUAUAAUUGCCAUGUAUUUGUGCUCGUGCUAGGAAUAGGAAGAAUAAC